AUGUUUCUUUUUAACUUUCUACCCUUUCCUUUUUCUUCUUUCUAUAAUUUCUUUCUCUCCUUCACUCUCUAUGCUAAUCUAUCAUUUUUAAAUACCUUUUCUUUUCUAAACAAUCUUUACGCUUACUGCAUUCUUCGACAUUUCUUUCAUUCACCCAUUCCUUCAUUCAUUCUUUCAUUCACCCAUUCUUUCAUUCAAAAAUUCUUUCAUUCAAACAUUCUUUCAUUCAAACAUUCUUUUCACGUCUGUCAUUUCCUUUUAUCCGUUCACGUCAACUUUCUUUUUCAACUGAUGCAUUUCUUUAUUUCUUUUAUUUUUGCUUCUGUUCUUUACGUUUCUUAUAACGUUGUCGUUUUUCACUAUUUUUCUUCUAUUUAUUUUAUGACAUUGGUCAUUUUCUUCUUCUUCUCCCUCUUCAUUCUAUUUCUUUUUCUUCUUCCUUAUUAUUCUUUCUUCUUUUUCUUCUCCAUCUUCUUCUUCUUCUUCUUCUUCUUCUUCUAA